AUGGCCUCCAAAUACGCCCUGCUUGAACCAAAAGAACCAGACUUCAGGAUGGUGCUGGUUGGGAAAACUCGAACUGGGAAGAGUGCAGCAGGAAACACCAUCUUAGGCAGAAGAGCCUUUACAUCUACAUUAUCUGCAUCCACAGUCACAUCAGAGUGUCAGAAGGAGGAAGCAGAGUUUGAUGGUAAACUUCUGGCUGUGGUCGAUACUCCAGGUCUGUUUGACACCAACAAAACUCAAGAGGAGAUCGAAAAAGAGAUCCUUUGGUGCAUCUCCUACAUUGCUCCUGGUCCUCAUGUGUUCCUGGUGGUGAUCCAACUGAACAGAUUCACCAAAGAAGAAGAAGAAACCAUCAAAAUCAUCCAGACCAUUUUUGGAGAACAGGCAGAACGUUACACGAUGGUUCUGUUCACCCGUGGUGAUGAUCUGGAGGCUGAAGGAGUCACCAUGGAAGAAUUCAUCCAGACAAACAAAGAUCUCCGUGACUUCAUCCUUCAGUGUGGUGAAAGAUAUCACGUCUUCAACAACAAAAAACAGGAUCCCUCUCAGGUCAGAGAGCUGCUGGAGAAGAUCAACGAAAUGCUUCAGAGAAAUGGAGGAAGGUUCUACACCAGUGACAUGUUAGGGAAGCCUGAGAGUGCGAUUCAAGAAGAGAUGAAGCGAUUCCUGAGAGAAAAUCCAGGUAUGAAGCCUGAAGAAGCAAGAAGAUGGGCAGAGAGAAAAAAUAAGUUCAUUCAGGCAGGUCUAGCUGCUCUAGGAGGUGUUGGUGGAGCUGCUGUUGGCGCAACUAUUGGUCUUGUAGGAGGUCCAGUUGGAGCUGCAGUUGGAGCUGGUGUGGGGCUUGGACUUGCAGUGGCUGCUAUAGCUGCAGUAAAGAAGAAGAAGAAAUGUGUUAUUCAGUGA